AUGUCAUUCUUCCGAGAAGUCGCCCGGCCAUGUCGGGCCGCGAAGACAUGCCGAGUCACUUCAAGGUACUUCUGGCCUCAAACAAGGCAAUUCAGUCGGACUGCAAAGGUCUCUGCGCCUUUGACCGCGGAGGAAGUCCAAGGAGCGCAUAAAUACUGCGUUUCCCUUCUCUCAAAAUAUGACCGUCCCUCCUAUACCCUGAGCACCUUCAUCCCACCUCACGCCCGAUCCUUCUACAUCGCCCUGCGCGCCCUAAACGUCUCCCUCUCCAUGAUCCCGGAGACCACCUCCUCACCCACAAUCGGCCUAAUGCGCCUACAAUUCUGGCGCGACGCAGUCACGAAGAUUCUCGCUGGUGCUCCACCCAAAGAACCUGUCGCGAUCCUACUCGCCUCCGCCAUCUCGGAGCUCAACGAGCGCACCCAAGGCCGUGCUAGCAUCACCAAGGGCUGGCUAACCCGUUUGAUCAAUGCGCGGGAGCAGACACUCACCAACGAUCCCUACCCGAACAUUGCGGCCCUCGAGUCGUAUGCUGAAAACACCUACUCCACGUUGAUGUACCUGACGCUGGCGGCGCUGCCAAUGACCUCGGUCACGGCGGAUCAUGUCGCAUCGCAUAUCGGCAAGGCGGUUGGUAUUGCGGCUGUUUUGCGAGGAUUGCCCUUGGUUGCGUUUCCGCAGCCGUCGCCUCAGUCGCCCAGUGGGCCUCCCGGCAUCGGUGGUGGAGCCAAACAGGGCGCGGUGAUGCUGCCUCUGGAUAUCAUGGCGCAACAUGGUGUCAAGGAGGAAGAGGUGUUGCGACGGGGCGCCGAGGCUGAGGGGCUUCGUGAUGCGGUGUUUGCUGUUGCUACGCGAGCGAGUGACCAUUUGAUUACUGUGGAUCAAAUGCUGAGCAAUCUCCGUGCUGGAAAGGACGUUGGUCACGACUUUGAGCACGAGGGUGAGGAGGGUCAUGAUUAUGAUACUUCCGUGAUCGGUGGACCUAAGGGCAAUGAGACGCCCUUGGAUGAGAUCAACCGGGCAUUUGGUGUCUUCAUGCCUGCGAUUGCCACACGUCUGUGGCUUGAGCGGCUGCAGCAGUACGACUUUGACGUUUUCCGUCCUGAGUUGCUCAGUGGAGAUUGGAGGCUACCGUGGAAGGCUUACAUGGCGUUCCGACGGAAGAACAUUGAAUGA